CGUCGUGGUGGUGGUGGUGGUGGUAGCUGCUGCGCUGGUAUCUGUCCUGCCACCCCUUCCCGUCACUUUUCUUCUCAUCCCUUCUCAUUCCUCUACGCUCUCAUCUCCCCACCGGGUUUGCCUUUCUAUUUAUGUUAUUUUCGUUUUUCUUUUCUUUUCUAUUUUUUUUUUUUUCAUUUUUAUCGCACCCCGCGUCUAGCGGAGCACUUAUUUACGUUGCCCUUUCGAGAAUUGUGAACUGUAAACCCGGCGAUAAUAUCGUUUUCAAAUUACGUUUAACGUGCGCUAGACGGCAAAUGCUAAGUGGAAGUUAUCGACUGUUUCUGAUGAUUUUCUCUCCUCGUACUUACACGAUUUCAAGUUUUAAUUUGAAUCCCUCAUCCGCGAUGGAGUUUUACCAGGGUUUCCGAGCGGGGGGAGUUUACUUUUGUAAGAGACCAAAAGUUGGAAUUGUAUCUUUUCAGAACUGAGAGCGAGGCGGUUUCCUCAAGGGAAUGUUUUAUCACCGCAGUUUCAUUACAACAGUUUACCUGCUUUUGAAGUAUAAUUUACCAAUUUCAAGGCGAACACACAGAAGAGCGGCUCACGCGAAUGCGAAUCACCUUCGGCAGGAGAAUUUAGACACGUCCACGUCAUCCGAAGGAGAAUCGUUUUUAACCCCUGAACUCGAUUUGCUAAAUCUAAGGUUACCACGUUAUCGCGAUAAAACGCGAGGAGCAUCCACACGACGGCGUAGACGUAUUCUGGCGAAACGAUCGGAUGACGAAUCUCGCGAGCCAAAUCUCCUCGACGCGAAUCCGCGAAUUUUAAAAUCCCAAACGAGUCGCCUCAAGCCUAAAUCACCCCACAGGGACGAAGAGGUGUCUAAUAUUUCUCUUCGGCAAACAUCCAGUCUUCAAUGCCUUUCGGGGAAGGUACCACCGACGAAGUAUGAGCACCAAGUAACCUUUGCGGAAACUAAAUAUUCGAGCGGCGAAGGGGUUUGCGGUAAAUCGGACUUGAAGCUUUGGCGAAAGGGAACACCUAGGAUAGUCAGGGCGAUCCGACAACACGGUAAAAAAAUUAUCUCCGAAGAUAAUCGGGAAGAAACACUGCGCCCGAAGGAAGAUAACAGCAAAAGUAGCGUGGUUGUACUUUACCACAGCAAAUUACCCGCACCUCCUCCACCGUCGUCCAACGAACACCAAACCAGAGAUUCGCUUUCGCAGCAUACGGUCGCGCCGACCCCGAACCCUUCCACUUUCCCUCCACCACGAGCCACUCCGGAUCCCUCGCCAUGCGGGGUUGAAGAAAUACAACCUCCGGUUCUUGAGGUUGCCGAUAAGUUUCCUUCGUCGAAACUGCCUCUGAUUCGUCGUAAGAAAACAGCUCUUCGAAGACAGCGUAGAAGGAAUCAAGACGACGUUAUACUCCGCGAAUCGUCGUUCCAAUCGACGAAAAAUACCUUCGAGGAAAAUAACGCUGAAAUCCGAGGAGCGUCGCGGGUCUUACGUAACAGUGAUACCGAGCAUUUCGAUCCUACGGUGAAAGAACGAUGUUGCCCGUUUGAUGUACCCGGCUGUACCGCAGGGCAGAUGGCUCAUCGUGUCAAUUUGGCGAGACAAAACAGUGCAGCCGAGCCGAAUCCGUUCGUCGACGGAAGUCAGAAUCUCAGUUAUCUGAUGAAACACAUGCAAAAUCAUCCCCCCAGGGACUCGGUCGGUGACAGUCGUGGUGCGCUCAUUGACGUUAAUAGCGACGAGGCGAAACGCGUAUUCCCGUUUCAGGCGACUCCCAGCGGAAACUUGAAGAUCAUUCCAAAUCAGGUCGUAUUCGAGUCCAAGAAAGUCAGCGUACUAGUAGCUGAUCCACGUCACGCCAAAGUUAACGUCAAGGCGGAACUGAGUCGGCCGUGUGUUGAUAUCGGAAGAACGUCCACCGGCGUUGAUGUGAGCCGACAAGAUCUACCCUCGGGAAUCAGUCUUUCGACAGUUAAUCACCAACAGUCGCAUCAAAAAUCGUCUCACGCGGGUCAGAAGGAUUUGUACAGGCCGAGAACGCAGCCGUUCAGAUUAAAGCCGCAGCAGCAGCAUCAGGGUGACAUGGAACAACAUCAGGGAAAUCAAGUGACGGCAUCGCACGCGAUGCCCACAAACGAUACCCCUCUGGCUGCACUCGGGUUCACGGGUGAGCAGCCCAUCGACUGGGAAAACAUUAUCCUGCCGGAGAAAACCGAUUUGUAUCAGGAGCUUGCUCGGCGUAUUACAAAUUACAAAAACGCGGAUUGCAUAAUACGACUGGGCCACGACGAGUUCCACUGUCAUUUACUGGUACUACAAAGUUACAGUACAUUUUUCGAUGAAAAAAAUUACAAGGAAGUCGAUCUGACCGGGAGCGAUGUGACCUCGAAGGCCUUCUCCGUUAUAUACGACUGGAUGAUCGGGCCGACGUGUGAAAGCUGCCAUUUACUCAGGAGGGAUAAUAUCCUGGAGAUAUUUGCAGCCGCCCAAUAUCUAGGGGUCAAAGAGCUCGAGGAACAAUGCUGGGCGUUUAUUGACAACGAUGAAUUAUUCUGCGAGGAUACGGCCUUCCUGCUUUAUUUGGAAGCGAGGAAAAUCGGGAAUACCGCGGUAAUGGAGUUGAUGGUACCGAGGAUCAUGAAGUUCUUCUUGAUGCUCGUUAGUACGAAAGAUUUCCUCGAAUUAUCGGUGGACGAACUCUGCUCGCUACUGAGGUCGAAUUACAUUUGCGUGAACUGUGAAAUGGAGGUCCUCAUGUCCGCCGUUCGGUGGCUUAUGCACGACUGGGAGAACAGGAAACAGUACCUCCUCGAAGUGCUAAAGUGCGUCAGGUUCGGACUUAUAGGCCCGUGGCAACUGGUGGACGUCAAACGAAAUCCUGAAAAUCCAGAAUUUAUGGAGCUAAUGUCUUACCCGGAGGUUCAGAAAAUGGUCGACGAUGGACUCGCAUUCGUGAUAAUAAGAUACUGGUACAGAUAUCAAACCGAAGAUUACUACCACUGGAUAGAUUUGCUGGGUCUCACCGAACCGGCGAACAGAAACUGGGCCGGCGAGGACAAGAAUUACGUAACUUAUAGGGAGUUUCUUCUCUAUUUAGAAGAGUAUCAGAGAACGAGAAUGCCGGAAUUGAAGGCACCCCGUAAAGGAAAUUUGAAACCAACGCCUCCGAAUUCACCCCCACCAAAGGCAUGCCCACCGCCACCACCAACCAGAACACGAGGGAGUUUCCCAGCUCAAAAUUACGGAGUUUGUGAUCAGGGAGAAUCAUCGGGACACGUACAGAAUAACGGCGAUAAUAACCACGGAAACUUCGGCAACGUUCUCAAAUAUCCGCCACCUACUAAUCCACCUAAAAUUCCGGUUCCAACAUAUCUGCCACCCGGAACUCCGGCCAGCAUGAUGGUACCCCCAGAAAUUUUAAGCGAGUACCUGACCAGUAUGGAUAGGAAUUCUAAGGAGAAACAGAAAAAUCCUGAAGCUUGCCUAGCAGCGAUCCCAAAAACCGAUGUCAUGCAAAACAACAAUUUCAUCAAAGCGGGAGAAGAACCCUCCUCGGACCUCUACAAAUUUCACCAAAAUCUUACCGCAGGAAGAAAAAAUCUCUUCGACCGCGUAUCUCCCGAAGGACCUGUGACGGAACAUCAGAUCCAAACUCAAGAGCGGCAGGUGUACUGCUACCAGAAAUGGGAGCCGAAUUCCGUACACCCAGGAAACGCAAUGCGGGUAGUUUUACCUCAGAAUGAUAAAAAUCAACGUUAUCCUAACACGGAGAAACAGCGAGGGCAAAAUAAUUAUGACGACGAGUUCGCUGAGUCCUCAAAGUCCGAGGAGGAAGCCGCAACCACAAUCCAAGCAGUUUACAGAGGUUACAAAGCCAGGAGGCGAUUCAAUGAGAUCAGAAAGACUUCGUCCGAGGAACAACAGAAGGCUAAACAAGUUGCAGAAUUACUGGCCCUACCGGUAGCUAAAAACUUGCACAAGCCAUUAGAACCGGUGAAAGUUUCGGCCAGUUUUACUUGCCGCGAAAAAGAUACGAACAAACUACCGGGUCUCAGUCCACGGAGAAAACGACGGGAUUCGUUGGUUGGGAAAAACAUCGAACAACCGAGUUGGCAGAAGGAUCUUGAAGGACUUCGAUUCGAUGCGGUAAUAUCUCCGCAACCAACCCCUCGCGCGAUUAAUAAAAAUCGGCAAAUCGAUCUGCAGGCAGCGAAGAGCUCCGAGCUUACGAAUGUCCGGAAGAUGGACAGCUGCACGAUGCAGCAACAGAAACCAAUUCAAACCAUAAGAUCGCCAGCAUUUUUCACGCGUUAUGACGAAAGACCGAGUUCCGUAACACCGUCGGAGAACACUGAAAUCGAUGACCCAUUCUCACCGAGAAUCGAAGACCAAUCUGCCAUCGAUUUACAAACGUACGGCGGAGAACUGGAAGCCACGGAGGGAAAUUCCCGAGAUAGGGCAAAACCGAAAUUCCACCCUCGGGAUUCCUUGGGUCUAAACAAUCGAUUUCGAGAGCAAAUGAGCUUAAACCAGGCGAAGAAUUACAACCAACUGCGGGAAGAUUCAUUGUUUUAUCCCGAUCACGAGUCAGUCCUUGUUUUCGGAGGAAUAGAUCCCCACAAGGAAUACGGAUGUACGGGUAAUACUGGUAAGGACGUGUACAGAUUCAAAUACAACGAAAACGCUUGGGAAUUCGUCGGGGAAAUACCAGAACCCAGGCACCAUCAUUCCGUCGUCUAUUUGAGAGGACGAGUUUACUUAGUAGGUGGGGCGGAUCCCAGGGAUGACGAUACUGUGCAACCGCAAAAAAGUAUCGUUGUUGGUACCGUUUGGAGUUACGAUCCCUUGACGAGAAUCUGGUACACCGAGCCGGACAUGUUGACUCCUCGAAAGAAUUUCAGCCUCGUUGUUAGCGGGGAAAUAAUGUUCGCCAUCGGUGGACAAGACAAGAAUGGAAUAGCGCUUAGAACCGUAGAGGCGUUUAACCCGCUCGAUUCCACGUGGCGAGAGAUGCUGCCGAUGUUUACAGCACGGGUGGGACCGGCUUGUGCAAAAUACCAAAGCCGAAUCUGGGUCGCGGGGGGAAUGACCAAAUCGAAGAAAGAACCCCUAUCCAAAGAAGUUGAAUGCUAUGACCCAUCAGAAAAUUUAUGGUUGAAAGCAGCACCGAUGCCUUCCCCACGGUGUUUCGCUUCGAUGUACGUCGUGUCCGACUGUCUUUACGUAAUAGGCGGUGCCGGUAAUACAUCGAAGACUGAAAACAUGACGGAAAGUAUCGCCAAUAUUGACGUCUGGGAUCAAGACACUUGCUCUUGGCGACAACAAACAAAAAUGACCAUUGCGCGUCACGGUCAUUCGACAGGUUCCAUAGGGGAUCGAAUUCUGAUAAUCGGCGGCGUAACGACGGCCUACACGGGGACGUUGAAGAGCGUGGAAUGUUAUUGUUGCGGGCGUGAAAAUUGGGUAAAAGGUGUCUCACCGUUGCCCUAUGCAAUAUCUGGCCACGGAAGCGUGUCGCUACCCCCCACAAACCUGUUAGCCGAACAUUAGGACUCUGGAGCCACAUCUGAUGAAUUUUAUUCACAACUCAAAUCCAAAUGAGCAGAGAUAUGAAUAUCGAGGUUUGAUGAUGAGCAUAUGCUUAUGCAUUUCUGCAGUGAAUUUAUUCAUCUACUAAAUAUUUGUGACAUGAGACGUGAAAAAAUUCAAUUCCAAAUAAAAUAAUCUUUUGAUCUA